AUGGGGGACAAGGCGCGGGUGGCGGCGGACGAGAUCCUGCAGCGGCUGCGGGUGGAUGCCGUGGAUCUUCUGCUGAUCCACUGGCCUGGGGCGUCGGGGGUGGGCGCCACGUCGCCGCGCAAUGCGGAGCUGCGGCUGGAGGCUUGGCGGGCCUUGGAGGACCUCCAUCAGCAAGGCAAGGCCCGCGCCAUCGGGGUCUCGAACUUCGAGCCCCACCACCUCGCGCAGCUGCUCGCGUAUGCGCGCGUGCGGCCGGCGGUCAACCAGAUAGAGGUGCACCCGCGGCGACCCAACGCCGCGCUGCGCGCGCUGUGCGCGGCGGAGGGGGUGGCGGUGGUGGCGUAUGCAAGCCUGGGGUGCGGGCAGCUGCUGGGGGAGGCGGCGGUGCGGCGGGUGGCGGCGGAGGUCGGGCGCACGCCGGCGCAGGUGCUGCUGCGGUGGGGCCUGCAGCAGGGCUGCGCCGUCAUCCCGAAAUCGAUCAGGGCGGAGCGCAUCGCAGAGGCCUCGCCCUCGAAAAUCCUGGAGGGCUGGGAGCUGUCCAACGCCCAGGUGGCGGCGCUGUCCGGGUUGGACAACAACCACAAGUUCUGCUGGAACCCUGAGGGCAUCGCAUGA